AUGGGAAAUAAGCAUAGCACUGAAUUUGGUGGAAUUUUCGUUUAGACUUCAAAAGCAUAUUAUUUUCCUGGAGAAAUAAUUGAAGGUAAAAUCAUUGAUAAAAACACUUGUAGGGACUAUUAGUUUAAAUAUAACAAAACCUGGUUAUCCUGGGAGAAGACUUUAUGUAAGAAUCACAGGAAGAGAAAUUUUACAUGGUGCUUUGGAUAUAAAUGAUAAUAGUGAUGAUGAAGGCAAAUUAUCAACGAAUACAACUUCAAAAAUAUUAAAGAAUGAAAUAUUGCUAUAUGAAUUUCAAUAACCAACUAUUCCAAUGGGUUAAUUCACAACGUAAUUCACAUUCCAAUUACCUUCUAAUAUUCCUGGAACCUAUAAUAAAAUACAUUUGAGUGGUGCUUAUGAGAGAAUCAUUUACAAAAUAAAAGGGUUCGUUGUGGCAACCAAGGGAUAUAAAAAAAUGAGUCAUAUUUAAUAAAUAUAGGUUAGAGAACCUAUAUAUAAUCCUGAAUAAUAGAUAAUUGGAGAUGGAAAACUUUAAGAUAAUGGAUAUUGCUGUAGAUAAAAAGGAGUAAUAAUAUUCUUAUUUGAAUAGAGCGUCUAAAUUACUGCAAUAACGGAUAGAAAUGUUUAUAGAAUAGGUGAAGCCAUAAGAAUUUUAAUAGAGGUCAUUGACGAAGAGAGAUUCCAAAAACCAGAAAAAAUAAUAGUUUAAUUAGAAAACAUAACAUAAUAUAAAUAUAAAAAUAAUAUAGAAACAAAAAAAAAAAUAAUUACUGAAGAAGAAAUUUAAACAACAACAAAAAAGCUUGGAUCUUAUAAGAUAUUAAAUUAACAAGAAGUAGUUUUAUAUGCUUAAUUAAAAAAUCAUAACAAUAAUGAUCAAUAUAAUAUGAUUUAGCCAACAACAAAUGGCAACAUCAUUUAAUCAAAUUAUCAAAUUUUGAUUAAGGCUAGUUUUGGAAGUAAAAAUUUGUAUUUUAUCAUUUUAGUAAGCUGUUGUAAUUUAAGGGAAUGUCUUGAAUUGCCUAUUCAAAUUUUAUCAUCCACAGUGUUAUAAUAACAGUCUAUUUAACCUCCAUUGGGGUGGAAACCAAUAUAAUUAAAUGAUGAGAAUCUUCAACUAUUAGCUAAUGCCAAAUAAAGUGGUACUAGUUUGCAUUCUUUUUCUACAUAUUAAAAGACUAUGUAAGAUAGAAAUAGUUAUCGUGAAUAAUAAGAAUCUUAAAGAUCAAUUAGAGUUGGAAAUUCAAAUAGAUCAAUCUAAUCUUUAAACUAUUAAAUGAAUUGA